AUGGGGGUAGACGGAGCCAUACUGGGCUGCGUGUACUGGUGGGUGCUGGUCUCUACCGGCCCCGCGGCGACGCCCGGACGGGACCGACAUGGAGCCCUGAGAGGAGUGGCGGCGGCGGUGCUGGCGGGGGCUGAGGCGCAGUGCCCGAACCCCUCCGACCUGCGGACAGCCAACGGCACCCGCAUCUGCGCAGAGCUCUACACUGACGACAGCGCCUACUAUGACCAGUGCUGCGGGGGGUCCACCCUCGUGGUGUACCCCGGCUCCGACGUCCCCUACAUGCCCCACGGCUGGGUCGCCACCGUCUCUUCCUUGGUGGUGGGCACCCGCUGCGAGCUGACCGUCUGGUCUCGGGCCGGCAAGAAGGGGAAGACUCGGAAGUUUGCGGCCAGCGCGGUGCCGCGGUUGCAGGAGGUGCGGCGGGGGCUCUUCAGUGACUGGAACAACGCCAUCAGGGGCUUCUACUGCCAGUGCCGGUGA